AAUCAGUCAAAACUUGCGGGAACACAGAGAUAAGAGAUUUUUUUUAUUUUUUGUUUUCAUUUUCCCUCUACUGGUAUCUGGUGUCGAUUUCGAUCUUUCCGAGCAACUCUGAAGUGAUCACUUCUUUUCCUUUUUCCAAUAUCGCACAAGAACGGCAUGCUUCCCUGCUAGCAAUAACGACGCUGGAGGCGUCGACUUCAUCAAGACGAGAAGUUCCAACAGGACUUGAAUCGAUUCACGAUACACCGACAACACCCGUGCGCAGCAGCAACUGUUGAGGUCUCCCCGUAAACAACCAACCACGAUCCGCGCCGAUGGCCGCUCCACAAAACGAAUCACGGCCGCAACACUCAGCACCAGUCGGAGAAGCUGAAGUCAUCCCGGGCACGCGCCGCCUCUACGACGAGAAUGGCAACAAUCUGCCGGGCGACGCCUCGCUCCUAAAGCAUGGCGACAUCGUCCUCGUUCCCCAGCCCACCGAGUCGCCCAACGACCCUCUGCGCUGGUCGCUGCCGCGUAAGAUCUGGCACUCAUGCCUGGUGCUGUACAUCGUCGGUCUCACCGCUGCCACCUCCAACAAUGCCGGCUCGGGCGCCGACGGCGUCAACGAGGAGUACGGCAUCGGCUAUGACGCCUUUAAUACCGGCGCCGGCGUGCUCUUCAUCGCCAUCGGGUAUUGGACCCUGCUGAGCUCGCCGCUGGUGCAUUUGUACGGACGCCGCUUGGGCUAUCUCAUAUCCAUGAUCGUCAACAUCGGCGGCCUCAUCUGGUAUUCCCGCAUCACGAACGUCGCUGGCGUCAUUUGGUCGCAGCUGUUUGUUGGCGCUGCCGAGUCGGUUGGUGAGGCCACAGUGCAGCUGUCUCUGCUAGACAUCUGGUUCGAGCACCAGACCGGCAGUGUACUCGGUAUUUAUACCUUUGCCACGGCCAUUGGCACAUACCUCGGGCCCCUCAUCGGCGCGUACGUGUCCAGCGGGCUCGGCUGGCGAUGGAUCGGCUACGUGGGCGCACUCAUCUGCGGCGGCAGCCUCAUCGUCAUUUUCUUCGGCCUUGAGGAGACCGAGUUCAACCGGGACCGCUACCUCACCGGUAACGGCGAGCGCUACCCCGCCGGCGACAUGCACACCAUGCCAGCGUCGGAGAAGACGUCGGUGCAGGCCUCGGCCAGGAACUCGGUCGACAUCGAAGGGCACGACCCCACCGACAGCGGCACGACGACCGGUCCCACCCAGGUCAUUGGCAAGGAGGGCCACCUCGCCGAGACGACGGGGACCGACCAGGGCUCCAUGAUGUCCGGCACGGCGCGCGACCGCAUGGCCUUCUCGUACUCACGGCGAAAGACGUACUGGGACCGCAUCCGCAUCGUCACGCCGGCGCCGAACCUUCGCGGCACCGGCUUCAAGCAGUACCUGUUCCGGCUCUGGCACACGCUCCGCGUAUUCACGUUCCCUGCGGUGUGGUACGCAGGCCUGCAGUGGGGCCUGCAGAACAUCUGCCUGACAUUCUACCUGACUGUGCAGGAGGACUGGUGGUACGGCCCGCCAUGGAACUACUCGGCGGCGGCCGUGGGCAACAUGAACCUGCCGACGCUGAUCGGCAGCCUGGUGGGGUGCGUGUACGGCGGGUACGGCAGCGACCGGUUCAUGCUGUGGAUGAUCAAGCGCAACAAGGGCGUCAUGGAGUCCGAGUUCCGGCUGUACCUGAUGGCUCUGUGCACCGUGGUGUUUCCGACGGGCAUGUGGCUGUUCGGCAUCGGCAGCGCUCGGGGGUGGGACUGGCCGGUGCCGUACGUCGGGCUGGGCUUCAUCGGGUUCGGGUACGGAUGUGCCGGCGAUCUGAGUUUGGCGUAUCUCGCCGACUCUUUCCCCGAAAUGGUUCUCGAGGGCAUGGUGGGCGUUGCCGUCAUCAACAACACCAUCGCCAUGCUCUUUACGUUCGUGGCGAGUUACUGGAUCGACUCGGGUAUGGAAAACUGCUUCAUCGCGCUGGGCGUGCUCAGCUUCGUCAUCAUGGGCCUGAGCCUGCCGAUGAUCGUCUUCGGCAAGCGGACGCGCCGCUGGGCCAAGGACCGGUACAUGCGGUUUAUCGAUAUCCGUGACGGUUUCUCAAAGUAGGGCGGACGAGUUAGAGAGCAUAAGUGGUCCAGCUGGAGUGAAGGGACGAGAAGCAGCACAAAGAGAUGACGAGGAAGGAGGUCCAAGGUUGCAGAGGGUGUGGUUGAUGACGAUGUACAUGUCUUCACGAUGCGUGCUUGUAACAUGUGUAUGGAUCUGUUCAGGAGUAGCCUCACAAUCGCGGCGUUACGGUUCUGGAGUUUCGUUUCGUUUUCACUUCUCGUUACGGAUAUUUGCCUACCGUACCGCGACAACAUGUCCCUGAUCUAUUCACGCAGCAAGACAGAACAUGAGACCGUGAACGAGAGCGAUACACACAUACGCAGAUACAUACCUACUUGCCUACCUCUAGGUAGGCAUAUGUACAUGAAGGUAUGUAUUCAUAUUACAGGCUCAACAAGGCCAGGGAAGGGGGGAGGGAAAGGACCAACGGAAGUGGCAGGCGCUCCUGCUUGGUUGCCCAGUGUUCCAGUUUCAUGCGGUGCAGAUGGAAAGAACUUUCCUCCCCAUCACCACGUGUCGCACCUGAAUUUGACUUACACUCGCCUUCUAUUGCGCCUUCCUGCCCGUCUCUCAUGGACCAUUGCCGAAUAUUCCAUGCCAGUGUCUUUCUCCCAUCAGCAUCUACUCUCUUUCUCCAUACUUCAUUCCAUCGGCGGUUUGUGCUUCCUUUGCUGCCAACCGAUCGAGGGAACGUAGCGUCUAGCACCGCAAAUGAAGCGGCGACCUGGUCAAACUUGGCUGGAGUCCGGCAUCGACAUGCUUACCAGACGCUUACGCCAUGCCCGGCUCUCGAAUCACCACGACCAAGUGCGGCAUUCGGCAACACACCACCCUCCACCCCUUCGGACCCCCCUGUGGCCUGUCUGCUUCGACAAAGGACGCGCCUCGCAGAGCGUCUGCACGAGGGCGGGAUUCGCUGAGCCUUGCGCCCAAUGACGGGCACGAUAACAGCGGUAUUCCGACCUUGUUCUCGGACUGAUUCUGGUCAUGAUUCGCUUUGACCCGGUAGUCUCUCGGUGCGGGCGACGUCAUGAGAAGAGACUACUCAGAGGGAAAAGAAAGACUGCAGUCGUUUUCAUGUGCAGAAGCAUCUCGAUGCAUAUUGCAGUCUUGCCCUGGCUCUGACGAUCGAUGGCCAC